AUGGCCCAGGCUCGCUCCGCGCGCCUAAGUCCCAGGCUCGCUUCGCGCGCCUAAGUCCUGGGCCGGGGCGCCCGGCUCACUCCGCGCGCCUAAGUCCGCGCCCGGUUCGCUCCGCGCGCCUAAGUCCUGAGCCGAGCGGAGAGUGGAUUCCUCACAGAUGGCACCGAGACCGUUGACAUGCAGGAGGCGCUGGGUAUUGCUUCACGGCACGCGCAGUCGCUCUUCACGCCGGACCCAGCUCGUGGCGACCCGACGAACGCACGCCGGUCCCUGCUCGACCCUAUUCGCGCAGCGAAAUGCUACGAUGACGACCGCUCGGACCCUACGUUCGGUCGUCGGCUGCCUCGUCAAGCGAGAGUGGCGCUUGACGAGCCCUUCACCCUCCUCGAGGUUGAAGCGGCGUUGAAGAAGACGGAUUCGGGGCGAUCACCGGGGCCCUCGGGCAUUCCGUACGAGCUCUUCAAGGCGCUGCCAACCUACUUUGCUCCCAAGCUGUUGGACUUGUUCAACUCGAUUUGGGAGGGCGGCAAAAUGACGGUGUCCUUGGCAGAGGGGCUGGUGCGGCUCUUGCCCAAGAAUAAACCGGGGGCCAAUCUGAAAUCACUGGGGGCAUACCGACCGAUCACAUUGCGCGAGACGACCUACAAGGUCCUCAGCAAGGUCUUGGUGGCGCGACUCAAUGGGGUGCUCGGCGAGCUUUUACCGCCGGCGCAACACGGUUUCAUGCCAUCAAGACGUUCAGCGGACGCGGGAAGUCAUCUCACUCUCCUUCUCGAAAAACUCAAGUCGCUAGGCACUGAUGUUUUCCCCGAGGGCGCCCUCUUGUCUUUGGAUCAGCAGAGCGCGUACGAUCGGGUCGAUCACGCCUGGAUCUUCGAGGUCUUUGAGGCCUUUGGGUUCGGUGAGCGUUUCAUCUCGCUGCUGCGCGCUCUCUACGAUCCCGAGACUCUGGGGGUGCGCUACCUUGUCAAUGGGUUCCCCACGGACUUGGUGCGGUUGCUGUGUGGUCUCGGUCAGGGGGAUCCCCUCUCGUGCCCGGUUUGGAACAUCACGUUCCAGCCCUUCCUCGACGCCCUCGUUCGGCGCGGGAUCGCGCUCGACCUGCAGAAGGUGUGGCCAGGGGGGCCGCGUGCGCAGCUUACGCAUCUGGCGUUUGCCGACGAUGCUGUGGUGGUGGUGGAGUCACCGGCGGCAUUGUCGAAGCUGCAAACGCUGUCGCAGACGUGGUACGAGGCUACCAACGGGAAGACCAACACGGACAAGACGCUGGUGCUACCACUCGGACCGAACUGGCUUCGGGACGAGACUGCGCAGGCGCUGCCAACGGUGCAGGAGGGGGAGAGCUUCAAGUGGUGCGGCUAUGCCUUCUUUCGCCACGGUGACUCGAAACUGUUUUGGACCCAUGUUCUUGACAGGAUCAAGGCCAAGACCCGCGCCGCUCGAGACCGGACACUUUCGCCGAGUGGGAAGGUUUUCUAUGCCAACGCUCACAUCAUCUCGACGGUCCUCCAUAUGAAGGAACAAUAUACCACUGCACCAAAAGGCGAGGCACCUCUACUUCAGUGA